GGCAUGUCGGCGGGGAACACCGCGAUGGGCACGCUGGACACGCAGGACCUGCUGCUGCGGCUGAACCGGAGCGCGGGGGUGUGGGACGAGUACGGGCGGGCGACCGAGCUGUGCGCGCUGGCGGCCGCGUGGGGCUGCGGCAGCAGCAGCGGCGGCGAAGGCGGAGGCGGAGGCGGAGGCGGCCUGCUGCGCGGCGUGCUGCGCAUGGAGGCCGGCUUCGAGGUCAUCCGGUGCGACUUCGCGGACGGCGCGAUGGAGCUGCUCGACGCCCGGCAGCGGCCGGAUGUAGCCCGGUGGCCUGGGCUGCGGGGGCUGCGGGCGUGGGAGUUUGUGCGGGCCGUGGCGGCGCGGUAUGGCGGGAUUGGCGGCGGGCGGGUGGUGGUGGAUUGGUCGAGUAUGGUGUCGGCGCUGUUCUAUGAGGUGGAUUUGGGCAAUCCGGAUGGGAGGUUUGAGGGGCUGCCGAGGUUGGUUCGGGUGUCGGAUGGGGAGUUGAGGGGGAUUCGGGACAGGGUGGCGGAGGUUAUGACGGAGAGGGCGAGGAUGGGGGAGAAGCGCGUGGUGGAUUGGCAGGCGGUGGUGGACUUGGUGGUGUCGCGGUACGCGGACCGGCUGAGGUAUCUGGCGGAGGGGAUCGAAUCGCUGGAGAUGAUGCGGGCAGAGGUGAACAGUCUGUUGGACACGCACAUCGACUACGCGGUCGAGGACGAGGGAUUUCAGAAUGCGACGCAACGUUGUGCACGGCACUACACUUUGAGCGCGGUUCCGGGGACGCAGGAGGAUAAGCUGAUCCUGACGGCUAUCGAGACGGUCACCCACGCAAUCUGCUCCGCGCUCUUCGAGGUGCGCAAGCUGGUUGUGGAGGAUCCGGAGGCGGACGACGGCUCGCUUGAUGCCGCCAAGCGGACCAUACGGGGGCUGAUGGGGAAGCUGAGGUGGAGCAAGUGGAAAGAGUGUGCGGGAUGCGCGUACGACGAGGUCUGUUUCGUUCCCAUGUGGCCGUUUGGGGACAAGGAGUCAUAUGAACGACCGAACUGCAGGAAUUCAAGUACCAUCGAGGAUGGAUGGCUCGACAGGGGGUAUUGGAUCCCAGGAUUGGGCAUCAAGCCAAACACAACGAGGGAAAGGUAGCAGUUACAACGCAGGCACGUUGAGGGAAGUGUCCAGCAACUUCCACCCGAAAAGAACCCAAGUCUGCACUGAAAGAGCCGUAGUGGACUUCUCACUUGGACUUCGAGCAAAAGAAGGUGCUGUGCCGGCGCAAUGGCGGACCUAGCCCGAAGCUAUGCGUCAGCCGCGAAUCAAAGCCGGCGCCUAUCGAUGGCAACGAUGGAUUUUACCACUAAACCACUGACGCUGC